CCGUGGCCGCGCCUGCGCGGAGCGCGGCGGCGUCAUGGCGGUGCCUGGCAGAGGUGCCAAGGACGACACGUUCAACGUGCUGGACCUGGCGGAGUACACCAAGAACCGGCCCUGGUGGCGCAAGAUCUUCGGCCCCAGCUCGGGGUCGAGCGCUGAGAAAUACAAUGUGGCCACGCAGCUGCUGAUCGGAGGGGUCACGGGAUGGUGCACUGGAUUCGUCUUCCAGAAGGUCGGAAAGCUGGCAGCGACAGCGGUGGGAGGUGGUUUUUUCCUGCUUCAGAUUGCAAACCACACGGGAUACAUCAAAGUGGACUGGAAUCUGGUACAACGGGACAUGAACAAAGCCAAGGAGCAGCUGAAAUUUCACAGCAGUGGGAAUAAAAUGCCUCCAGAAGUGAAAAGCAGAGUGGAUGAGGUGAUCAUAUUUCUGAAGAAGAAUGUUAUCCUGACUGGAGGGUUUGCCGGAGGAUUCUUGAUCGGAAUGGCAUCCUAGAAGCUGCACUUGACUCUCCUUUCGUGCCCAACCUCCCCUCCCCUCCUGUACUGCCGUUAUGUCUCACUUAGAAGUCAAAGGAUGUUGCCAACAGACUCAGUCCCUUCUGCUCACAGGUUCCAGCCCUCAUUUCUUACAACGCUGCUUGUGAUUUCCACACUUUUCAUCAUCUGGGCUGUCAGUGUGCUGGGAUCAGUCUGAAA